AGAUUCGUUGUUCUUUUUUCCAAGAAAAAGUGCAAUUAUGCCACCAAAAAGAAACCUUGGGAAGGCUGCCCAAGCUUUACCAAUUGGGCUUGGUGAUGGCAGUCCAGCACACUCGGAAGGGGAGAAUGAGCCAAUCAUUCCACCACCAUUGUCACCAAUACUUGGGGAGCAUUCUUUUGUCAAUCCUACUUUCAACAAGGAUAGUGAAUCUGGAGAUGAUGUUGCUCAAUCUGGUGAUUUCCUUGUGAAAGAUAUAAUUGAGCCUCAGCCACAAGUAGCAGAUCUUCAAAGGCAGAAUCAGAAUAUUCCAGCUCCAGCACUAAGGGGGCAAGUUAAUCUACCACAACCACCUCCCCAGAUUCAGCAAGUAGCAGGCGGACCCGUGCAGCCAGAUCCUCAAAAUCUUCCAAAUCUGCCAGGACAGUACAUCAAUCGUGAUCAGAUCAUUGACAUGGUGCAGGAGGCUUAUGGUCUAGUUUUGAGGCCUUUUGUCAGACCUGCUUACAGAAAACCAUAUCCAAAUUUCAUAGACCAAGAGAAUCCUUUUCCAAGGGGGUUCAAAGUUCCAGAAUUCACUCUAUUUUCUGGAGAUGGUGGAUAUUCUAUAAUUGAACACGUAGGCCGCUUCACAAUUCAGUGUGGCGAGGCCUCCGGUGAUGAUAAUCUGAAGCAGAUGGAAGAUCUUUUUCACAUCCAGUUCUACCGCAGUGAGCCAGAAGUGUCCAUGGCAGAUUUAUCUCGUCUGGUGCAGCGACCUGGAGAAACAUCUGAGGCCUUUCUAGCCAAAUUUCGGAAGACUAGACUUAAGUGUACAGUUGCCCUGCCAGAACAGGAAUUUGUCAAGCUGGCAAAAAAUGGCCUGGACAUUGAAUUGAGGAAAAAGUUUGAGGGAAUGGAGUUUCGUGAUUUCUUUGAGUUGCCUUACAAGGUAGCUCGUUAUGAAAAUCUAUUGCGAGAGGACAUACAAAGGAAAUCUGCAUCUCAUGGGACUUAUUAUGGUGAUGCUAACUUCGAUCUGGACGUGGCAGAAGUGGUGGCAGACAAGCCAGUUGUUUGCCCAGAUUUGGAUAAAAUCGACAAGGGAAUUCUGCGUUUUCCAGAUAAGGCCAAAGAAACUAUGGGAGUUGAUGCAGAUCCAUUCCUUACCAUGUCUGUUGGGGUGAACGCGGCAGAUCUCAGGAGCAUUGCUAGGGACAGAACUCAGACAUACUAUAGGCGCAGACUUGCAACUGAUGAUCUGAGGUGGGUCAUUGAGGAGGCAAGGGCUCGCAGAAAUCAGGUCAGAUCAGGCUCAUACCGAAGGAGACAGCCCGAGGGGCAUAACUCAACUCAACAGAAAAAUAAUGCAAAUCAGGAAACUGCGAUAUCUGGACGCGUAGAAAAACCCAGAAUGGUGAAACCACCACUUAGAUCUCCAACCAAACGAUGGGAACGUGUGGUGCAUCCAAAAUUUCCUAAUGGUCAAAACUCAAGGACCUUGAGGAGGCAUUUACAACGCAAAAGGGCUGCAGAAAGACUCCAACAGCAGAUUACAGACUCGGGGGGCAUGGCAGAUCAAGCACAGCCGCUCCUAGUAAGAAAAUCAGUGUGGGUGAAGGUUGACAUGUCAGAUAAAGCGGAAAAUUCAUCAGAUGUAAUCUGUUUUGGUGAGUUUUUCAUGAAUCUAUCUUGCUUGGUGAUCACUCUUCCUUUGGUCUUUCAAGCAAAAGAGCAGUUAGAAUCUGCUGUCUAUCACCAGACAGAUUUGACUGAAGAAGAAGAAGUCAUUGAGAUCCCAGCUAAGGAAGAUGGUGGUAUGGAUUCAGCAGAUAAAAUCAUUUUCGAAAAACCAGAAGAGAGAAUGGCCAGACAUAUCAGGCCAUUAUACAUUCAUGCACAUCUGGAUGGUAUGCCCAUAAAUCGAGUUCUGGUGGACAAUGGAGCAGCUGUCAAUGUUUUGCCAACUUGUAUUCUGCACAAAAUUGGCAAAUCUUUGGGUGAUUUAAUGGAGACAAAAGUGACAAUCUGUGAGUUUACUGGUGUAGUAAAUCGCUCAAGGGGAAUUCUGCCAAUGGAACUUAUCGUUGGAAAUAGAACUCUCAUGUGUGCAUUCUUUGUGGUUGACACCAUUGCCACUUAUAAUGCAUUGCUUGGGAGAGAUUGGAUACAUUCCAGCUGGUGUGUUCCUUCAACUUUGCAUCAAAAAUUAAUAUUCUGGAAUAGUGGCAGAACUAAAGUUGUGACAGCAAAUGACAAGCCAUUUGUGGCAAGUACCAAUGCAGUGGAAGCUCGUUAUUAUGAUGAAGAUAUUGGGACUAUCCGUUUCUUUGGGAUGGAUCGCUAUGGCAGACCUUCUAGAAUUACUGUCUACACCAGAUCUGCAAUGGACAGACAGACUGUGAAGGAGAAAGAUAGAAUUAAGCACCAGAAAAAGGAGGCCGUGGAAGAAAUCAAGAGAAAGUUAGCGGCUUACCUUGCAAAAAAACGAAUCUAUGUAGACAGAUCUGAAGUAGUCUAUGAAGGUGAAGAGGAAGACUUGAAGGAUCAAAUAACACUGGAGGAAUUAGCUCUGGCACCAGCAAAACUUGAUGAUUUGAAGGCAGAAGUACAAGAUCCCUUGGAUGAGGUAAAUCUGGGUACUGAGGCAGAUCCAAAAAUUACUUUUAUUAGCGGUUCUCUUGAGCCGUGUUUGCAUGAUAAAAUUAUCGAUAUUUUGCGUGAAUACAAGGACUGUUUUGCUUGGGACUAUUCUGAAAUGCCAGGUCUGGACAGAAAUCUGGUAGAGCACAGAUUACCAAUUAGAGCAGAUUUCAAGCCUUUUAAACAGCCGCCUAGACGAAUGUCUCCAGAAGUCACCUUAAAAGUUAAAGAAGAAAUAGAGCGGCUGUUGAAGGUUGGUUUCAUCAGAACUUCCAGAUAUGUGGAAUGGUUAUCUAAUGUGGUUUCGGUGGUUAAAAAGAAUGGCAAGCUGAGAAUCUGUGUGGACUUUAGAAAUCUAAAUCUGGCAACACCAAAAGAUGAAUAUCCUAUGCCUAUUGCAGAUUUAUUGGUGGAUGGUGCAGCACGCCACCGAAUUCUGUCAUUCAUGGAUGGCCACAAUGAAGAACAUCUGGAGCAUUUAAAGCUGGCCUUCGAAGGAAUGAGAAAGCAUGGUCUGAAGAUGAAUCCUUUAAAAUGUGCAUUUGGCGUUUCUGCUGGAAAUUUUUUGGGAUAUCUGGUGCAUGAGCGAGGAAAGACCAGAGUUUUUUCGCCACUGCUGAAACUGAAAUCAGAAGCAGAUUUCAAAUGGGAGAGACACCAUCAGACCGCCUUUGAGGAAAUAAAGCAUUAUUUAUCAAAGUCACCGGUCUUAGUGCCUCCUUUAAGAGGCAAACCUUUGAUUUUGUACAUAUCUGCCGCAGACGAAUCUGUAGUACAGCUUUUGGAGGAAUUUGAUGAUGUAAUCUUGAGGCAUGUUACUCGAGAUCUGAACACAGAAGCAAAUGAGAUGGCACAAAUCGCUUCGGGCUUAAAAAUCCCAGAAGGCAUGAUGCGCAGAAUUGUUGUUGUGGAAAAACGAAUUCUGCCAUCUAUUCACAUGCGUGGUAUGGCAAUUUCUGCUUGUUCCAUAGACAUAACCCAGACAGAUUGGCGUUAUCCAAUCAUGGAAUACCUCAAAAAUCCAAAUUUUAAGGCCUCAAGAAGAACAAAAAUGCAGGCCUUGAAUUAUGUUUUGUUGGAAGGAGUUCUUUAUAGAAGAGGACAUGAUGAAUUACUUAUGCGCUGUCUUGGUCCAGAUGAGUACUGCCAGAUUAUGUCAGAUGUGCAUAAUGGAAUCUGUGGUGCACACCAAGCUGGAAUUAAGAUGAGAUGGCUAAUUCGCAGACAUGGAUUCUUUUGGCCAUCAAUCUUGAAAGAUUGCAUCAACUAUGCUAAAGUUUUUGUUGGUGCACAAGUUGAAGCGUUUGCAAAAGAAAUGGGAUUUAGGUUACUCACUUCAACCCCUCAUUAUGCUCAAACCAAUGGUCAAGCUGAAGCUUCCAACAGAAUUGUGAUAAAUCUGCUGGAAAAAAUGGUUGACGAUAAUCCAAGGUGUUGGCAUGAGCUGUUAUCUGACACAAUCUGGGCUUACAGAACUUCACAAAGGAGUUCUACCAAGAUCAUUGCGUUAGCAAUUCAACAUGGUCUCACUUUUGGAGAAUAUAAUGAAGCAAUGAUUCUAGAGUUAGAAGACCUUGAAGGUAUGCGAUUGACGGCCUUAGAUAGGCUGCAAACGCAGAAAUUAAAAGUAGCUCGAGCUUACAACAAACAAGUGAAAUUCAGAAGUCUGGCAGAAGGAGAUCUGGUAUGGAAAGUAAUUCUGCCACCUGGAAAGAAAGACCCCAGAUUUGGGAAAUGGUCUUCAAAUUGGGAAGGACCAUUUCGUAUACAUGAAGUGCUUAGAGAAUGAGCAUAUUGGCUUGAAUCAUUAAAUGGAGAGUUACAUCCUCGAAAAAUAAAUGGAAUCUACCUUAAGCCUUACUAUCCUAUGGUAUGGGAGGCUAAGAGUUUAGAUAUCAUUGAUUCUACCUAAGACAGAUUUGAGGUAGGACUUGUACAGUAUUUUAUUUUAUUGUUUAGCAUUUUAUCAUUCAAUAAAAAGUGCUGAGCCGA